AUGAACGUGAAGACAACUUACCGCAGCGUCCUUCGGGAACUCUAUAAAUCGACAAUAACACCUGGUAAAGUCAACCCAGAGCUGAAGUCGAGCUUCCGUUCAAUAUUUGACAAGUAUCGAACGACCAAGGAUACUGCAGUCCUCGACCGGGACCUGGAAAAUGCUGUUACCUUCAUGCGAGCGAAGAGGGAGCACAAGCGACUACUAGACCGGUAUAACCCACUCCAUGACCUCACGGAAGAGGAGAGGAUAGAGGCGACAGCCCAUAGAGUCGGAUUCAACAUGCCCAAAACCCAUGCGCCAUCAUAG